UAUCAAUAUUUAUAGCUAAGCCAAGCAGAUAUCAACACCACAAUAAAGUAUACAGAACAGCUAAUGAGUGAGAAUCAUGUGAUCCACCGCAAUAACAGACACACUUGCUCGAAUCAUAAAAAGGCAUUAAACCUGUUCUGCUCCAACAGCAACCAAAUAUAACCCCAAAAGCAGGAAAAUAAAAGAAGUUCACAAGACCCAGAAUUCCAGAAUUUCUGCUUUUUAGAUUCAAGGAAAGCUUCUUUGUUCCUUUCUUCCUGGGGGUGUUUCUUCAAUGGCUGCGAGUGCGUCAAGAUUCAUCAAAUGUGUGACAGUUGGUGAUGGGGCUGUGGGCAAGACUUGCAUGCUGAUCUGCUACACCAGCAACAAGUUUCCAACUGAUUAUAUACCAACAGUAUUCGAUAACUUCAGUGCAAAUGUAGUAGUUGAAGGUACCACUGUUAACCUGGGACUCUGGGAUACCGCUGGGCAAGAAGAUUACAAUAGAUUAAGACCCCUGAGCUACAGAGGUGCAGAUGUCUUUGUCUUGGCUUUCUCUUUAGUUAGUCGAGCUAGUUACGAGAACAUACUUAAAAAGUGGAUCCCUGAACUCCAGCAUUAUGCACCAGGAAUCCCUCUGGUCCUCGUGGGUACCAAAGUAGAUCUUCGCGAGGACAAGCACUAUUUAGCUGAUCAUCCUGGUCUGGUGCCUGUUACCACUGCACAGGGUGAGGAGCUUCGCAAACAAAUUGGUGCUGCAUAUUACAUUGAGUGCAGCUCCAAAACGCAACAGAAUGUAAAAGCAAUCUUUGAUGCAGCAAUCAAGGUAGUUAUUAAACCGCCACAGAAACAAAAGGAGAAGAAAAAGCCCCGUCGAGGAUGCAUCCAAAACAUCUUUUCCGGGAGGAGCCUUGUGUGUCUCAUGUGAACUAUGACAGCGUGGGUUUUGCGGUUCAACUCUCGUAGGCAUGCCAGAUCCUCACUCUCCCAUAUGGACAGAUCAAUCUGAUGGACAGGACAUCGAUGGUUUUCAAACUUCCGCUUAGGAUUCUCUGUAUAGCGAGCAGCCUCGGUUCUACCUGACAAUAAUUUUCAUCUGUUUGUCUCAGUUCUCCAGUGUUAGUAUGUCCCUGGAAGGAAAAGUGCUUAGUAUGAUGCCUCACAUCUCUUUUUGUUCAUUGUCUCUCUUCCCCAUGAGACAUUGAUUAAAAUUGUUUUUCAGUGUAUUUAGUUUAAAGUGAGUAAGCUCACCACCGUUCUCAGAUAAAAAAUGGUGCCUCGUCUUUUCCA